ACUGCGGGCAAAGCACGAGCCUGGCCUGUACACCAUGACUUCUACUCAUUGUGAUUCUCUCCUCAGUGGACAGGUUUCAGAGCCCACGGCUGCCUCCCUGUGCCUCUCCGCCACCCUGGCACAUGCCAACCGGGUGCGUGUGGGGGCAACGCCUCUGGGCCGACCCAGCCUCUGUGUGCCCUACAGCUGUCAAACUGCUUGCCCCUUGCCAGGGACCCGCGACAUUCCCGGCAACAUCGGAGUGUGUGAGAACUAUGGGGAAGGCGCCCCGAUUGGCCACGAGAAGGUGACCAUGCAGUUCCUGAACGACCGCCUGGCCAACUACCUGGAGAAGGUGCGCCAGCUGGAGCGGGAGAACGCGGAGCUGGAGACCAAGAUCCGAGAGUCGAGCAAAUGCCACGAGUCCAGCGUGUGUCCAGACUACCAGUCGUACUUCCGGACCAUCGAGGAGCUCCAGCAGAAGAUCCUGUGCAUCAAAUCUGAGAACAACAGGCUGGUUGUGCAAAUAGACAACGCCAAGCUGGCUGCAGAUGACUUCAGGACCAAGUACCAGACGGAGCACUCCCUCCGCCAGCUGGGGGAGGCCGACGUCUGCGGCCUGCGCAGGGCCCUGGACGACCUCACACUCGCCAAGUGUGACCUGGAGGCGCAGCUGGAGUCCCUGAAGGAGGAGCUGCUCUGCCUGAAGAAGAACCACGAGCAGGAAGUCCACAUCCUGAGGGGCCAGCUGGGGGACAAGCUCCAGAUUAAGCUGGACGCGGAGCCCACCGUGGACCUGAGCAGGGUGCUGGACGAGAUGCGGUGCCACUACGAGGCCAUGAUGCAGACCGGCCGUAACGACGUGGAGCAGUGGUUCCGAGAUCAGUGCGAGAGCAUCAGCAAGCAGGACAUGUCCUGCUCCGAGGAGCUGCAGUGCUGCCAGUCGGAGAUCCUGGAGUUGAGGCGCACGGUGAACGCUUUGGAGGUGGAGCUUCAGGCCCAGCACACGCUGAAGGACUGUCUGCAGAACUCCCUGUGUGAGUCGGAUGCACGCUUCGGCACCGAGCUGGCCCAGAUGCAGAUCCUGAUCCGCGACGUGGAGGAGCAGCUGUCUGAGAUCCGGGCUGAUCUGGAGCGGCAGAACCAGGAGUACCAGGUGCUGCUGGACGUCAAGGCCCGGCUGGAGGGCGAGAUCAACACGUACCGGAAACUUCUGGAGAGCGAGGAUCGCAAGCUGCCUUGCAACCCUUGUGCAACCCCGGCCUCCAGGACGCCCUGCCCGGCCCCUGUGGCCUCUGGGCCCUGCUCUCCCUGCCUUUCCGGGCCUCCUCCUCCUCGGGCCUCCUGUGCCUCCCGCUCAUCGUCUCGAUGCUGACGUUCCCCUCAGCUUGAGGGAUCGGGGGAUGGGGAAUGUCUGCAGCCCCGCCGGCCCCCUUCUGCAGGCCUGCCCCCUCCCCCAGCCCCUACCCUCCCGGGUCUUGCCCCCUCAGCCUGGCCCGGCUGCAGACUGACGACGCCAGGCAGCGUUUCUCUGCUGAUGGGCUGUCCGGUCCAGCGGCUCAGCCCUCGCCCCUGGGUUUGUGCUUCCUCUCUCCUCUCUUCUGUGGCCUCACAGUCUGAGAUGUGGUAGGGAAACUUUUUGCUAAUAAACUUCAGUUCCGCAGCAUGAAGAGCCCAGGGCCUGUGGCCAAGGUCUCUACGCUGUGCCAAGAGGUGUCCUGGAGCCCGCUGAUGGAAGCAGGGGCUGGGACUCCCUCACCAGAGGGCUUCUGGGAGAUGGUAAAGCCAGCAAGGACCACAGUUGAAAACAGGACUGCGGCAGAAUGGCACAGUUGAGAGACCCCCAGCUGUAUCUGGGUAUCUAAAGCCUGAUUCACAGAGCUUUAAAAUACACACAACAGAUAUCGCCCCUCGCCUUCCACCUCUUGUCAGGAUGAAGCCUCUGGUCCUUGUGCAAAGGAAAAGCUCAGGUUCGAGGUUCUGCCCAGACCCCCUAGAAGACUCCAUUUAAAGUUAGCUUUUGUGCUCACAUGCCCAUGGGGGGCACGCCCUUGGUGAGGCUUUAUGGAUCUUGGGAUGCAGCGUCCCACACAAACCCUGCAAAGAGGGGAGCAGCGGGUGGCUGAAUCAAGACUUGAACUCUGGUUUCUUUGAAUUAGGCCCAAACCCUGCACUCUGAAAGCUUUGAAAGGAAAAAGAUUAAACACGAGGGGAUUUAGGGCGGCGGAUCUAAGAGCGGAGUCCCCCACUUUACUUGGGGACUUUCAGGAAAGGCAAAUUUUUGGACCCCACCUCAGACUUUCUGAAUAAGCAGUCCAGUUUAUUGAGCCUUCCAGAUGAUUCUAUGUAUACUCAAAUUUGAGAACCACUGGGUUAAGGGGUUUAUUUUGGGACUGAGCCCCUUACAGGCCAGAUAUAUCCCAGGAGGAGUUGGCUCCAGGCUCCUGAUGGAGCCCAUGUGUGAGGAAGGCUUCAUCCGAUCAAGAUCGUGACUUUUCCCUCCGUGCUGUGAAAUGCUGAAUGUGUUAAAUGAUGGCAAUUUCUGAGCCUGUUAGGCUAUCAGUUGAGAAAAGGCCAAACUGACCCAUCCAAGCUCCCUCACAGGUUCCACCAGAAAGCCCUUGGGCAGCUGCCUGGCUUGGGUCUUCUGGGCAGUAGACACAUGAACCAGAAGCUCCAUAUUUAGGCAGCCAUGGCCGGGAACAGCGUGUCUCCAGAAAGCAGUGUCAGAGCUGGCCAAAGUUGGGAAGCAGUGAGCUCCCCAUCACUGGAGGCAUUCAAACAGGGCCCUUACAGCCACCUUGUGGGGGACGUUGAGAGGUUACUCAGGUAUCUGAUGGGGCUGGAUGAGAUGGUUGCAGAGGGUCUUCUAGCCCCAAAUUCUAUGACUUCCUGCGGUCUACGUCUUAUUCAUCAGUGAGAUUAUAGAUGUUAAAGUGGAGCUGGUUCUUAUCUUCCCUCUGCUGCCUGAGCAAUUUGCAUCAGAGUAGCCUGUUGAGAAAUUUACAAAGUCUAGCCCAUCUCAGUGCAGAAGAGACCACAGUCCCAAGCCCCAAGGGCUGAGAGAUCUUAAGCCAGGGGCUGGUUGGUGUGCCUCCAACUGCUGUCAAGUCCAGAAUCCUACCUGUUGGCCACUGUCUGUGUGGACAGGACUGAUUUGCCUGGGAGGCAUCGGGACUUCCACCAUAGGGAAUCUGGAAGGGUCAGAGGUGGUCACAGCCUUUCCUCCCUUCCCCUCUACUGGGCCUCUGCUCUUUCUCCCAAGUUGUACAACAUACAGGUGACACAUCUCUGAGGGUAGGUCCCAAUAAGAAAAAAAAAAAACAGUCUUGAUAAGUCUUAAUUUAGCACCUGGCCCAAAUGUCUUCACCACUUCCUUUGUACUUAAAUAGCUCCUUUCAUCCAAUAAGUUCAAAGCUGUCUAACAAAAUAAACCCACUUAUUCCUGCAUCAAGACAGGGUAGGUAAGCAUUGCUCUUCCCUUUUAAGGAGAAGGAGAGGAGGUGAGUCAUUGAGGGACUGAGUGGUUGAGGGAUUCAUCAGGUGACACGAAAUGAGUCAGUGAUGCCCCAGGUAAUUGACCUGUGUUUGUUAAGUUCACAUCCCUGUCAUUUAUAAUUAAAAGAUGAGCUUUGAUGAGA